CAUGUAUAGAUACAUCUCCGAACUUGGAUUUAGAACACCAGCCAUCAUUAAUUCUCUUAAAAUAUUCAUUAGAGAUUUCAAAGAUGUGCCAUCUGUCUCAGUAACCAAAUUAAAUUCCGAACAAAUCUAUUCUGCUCUUGAGAUCCAUUCUCUACCCUGGAAAACAUCAAGUGACUCCUCAAAGCUAACUAAAGAAUUCAAAUUCAAUUCAUUCAAAGAAACUUUUGCUUUUAUGGGAUCAAUUUCUACUAAUUAUUAGAUUAUCCAAAAUGGACAUAAAAAGAAAAUGUAGUUACUGUAGAGAUGACAACACCAGAAUGCUCAGGUGUUUCUGU